AUGCCGUCGCAGACGCCGCUGCUCGAUUGCCUCGAGGAAUGGGCGCCGUUCGGGAACUUUAUCCAUUUCAAGGUGUUCCCGCACGGCGUUCUGCCGUCGACGGCGUGCACGAAGGUGUUCGUCAGCAAAGCGUUGGUGCGCGGCGGCCCGCACGCUUUUUUCGCUCUUUAG